AUGGACGAACUGCUUAAAAACAUAGAAAUUAUGCAAGAUAAUAUUUCUAAUCUCCAAAAGAAAAACACAGAACUUACCAAUAAAAAUAACAACCUAGAAACGCGGGUAGGUGCGCUAGAACAGCGCAUUCAAGAAAUAGAACAACAAAGGCUACAUAAAAACAUUGAAAUCCACAACAUCCCGUACAUUGAAAACGAGAACCUACCAGAAAUUAUAGGUAUAGUAGCAAUAAGGCUUAAUCAAAAUGCAUGCAAUGUUAAGCAAAUGAAACGACUUCCCAGUAAAAAUGAUCGACCAGGACCGGUCAUGAUUGAACUGAAUAGUGAGCAAACACAAUUAGCAUGGCUAGCUGCUUCGAAAUCGAUAAGCCCCAGAAUUACAGCUCAAGAAAUAUGCUCACACAACCACUCUUCAAAUGUAAAUACAGCAAUAUUCAUAUGCGAAGCCCUAACGCAAUACAACAAGCAACUACUGUUCUAUGCCAAACAGGAGCUCAAGAACUCAUUUCGGUACAUAUGGAUUAAGAAAGGUGUUCUGCGUGUACGCCGGACAGGAGAAAGCCAGAAACCAAUUAUAAUACGUUCAGCGGAUGAUGUCAAAAGAGUUAAGCUAAGUACCUCCUAA